UUCUCCGCAUUGCGCCCAAAAAGCGAGAAAAGCCGACAAAACCCGUUUGUCUCCCAGUGAGGGACACGUUGUUUGUUGCCGCGGCCCUCACCCUGUGGUAGCGGAGGAGUUUUUCCACGGCAAAGAAGACGGAUCGGAUUUUCAGUACCAACUAGAAAGUCCAGUUCGACCGACCGAGAGAUGUCACAGGAGCAUGACAAUAAGCGUGCGGUCCUGGUUCUUCAGAACGAGCCGGGUUAUGGCGGGCAGCGUCGCUCCUACACCACGGAGGACGAAGCCUGGAAAUCGUUCCUGGAGAACCCACUGACGGCCGCCACCAAAGCCAUGAUGAGCAUCAACGGAGACGAGGACAGCGCCGCAGCCCUCGGCCUCCUCUACGACUAUUACAAGGUGCCCAGGGAAAAGAGAACAAUAGCACAGAACAAGCCAGACACACUGGUCUCAGAUGUGGAUCCCAACAAAAGGCACCACAUCCAGGCUGGACACUCCAUAGCCCCACUCCAGGAAGCUGGUAUGGAGAGCCGGAUCCAGGUUCUGAAGGGGCCCUUCAAUAUUCUCCAGCUGGCCCAGGACAAGAGGAACCAGUUCCCUUCACCAGACACGACAGUCACAGUUUCCAUUGCUGCAGUGCCAAACUACCCGCCCGUCAAGACGGAGGUGCCCACCCACGGCUUCUCUGUGACCGUGCCAAACAACUGCGCCGAAAACGACGGCCACGUGAGCGUCUUCGACCGCCAGCUCACCCACAACGGGGUCCAGUUCAGCCCCAGCACUCACUCCCGCACUCCGCCCGACUCCACCUUCUCCGAGAGUUUCAAGGACGGUUCCCAGGAGGUGUUCUCUUUCCCAGGAGAUCUCCAGUUACGCAUGACGCCCGACGACUACGCUCACUUUAACACCGUGCCGGGGAAUAACUUUGAGUACACUCUGGAGGCGUCCAAGUCGCUGCGUCAGAAGACGGGUGACGGGACGAUGACGUAUCUCAACAAAGGCCAGUUUUACCCCAUCACGCUCCGGGAGAUCGACACCAAAGGCCUGCAGCAGCCGAUCACCAAAGUCAGGAGCGUCGUGAUGGUGGUGUUUGGAGAGGAGAAGUGCAGAGAUGACCAGCUGAAACACUGGAAGUACUGGCACUCCAGGCAGCACACUGCCAAACAGAGGUGUCUCGACAUCGCUGAUUACAAGGAGAGCUUCAACACAAUCGGCAACAUCGAGGAGAUUUCCUACAACGCCAUCUCCUUCACCUGGGACACGAAUGAAGAAGCCAAAAUCUUCAUCUCCGUCAACUGUCUGAGCACGGACUUCUCGUCUCAGAAGGGGGUGAAGGGUCUCCCGCUCAACCUGCAGAUCGACACCUACAGCUACAACAACCGCAGCAACAAGCCCAUCCACCGCGCCUACUGCCAGAUCAAAGUCUUCUGCGACAAGGGAGCCGAGAGGAAGAUCCGGGACGAGGAGAGGAAGCAGUCCCGCCGGAAAGGGAAGGUGUCUGAACUCAACCCCGGCAUGGCCUUUGUGGACGUCAAAGUUCCCAUCCUCCAGAAACGCAACGACGUGACCAUCUUCAAGAUGAUGACCGACCUCGAGACUCAGCCGGUGCUUUUCAUUCCCGACAUUCACUUCUCCACCUUGCAGCGCCAUCCUUUCGCAGCAGAAGACGGAGAGGACAGCUCUGGGAUGAAGAGGUUACCCUUCAGUGAGGAAGAGUUCUCUUCGCCUCCAAACAAGAUGGCAAGACUGGAGGAGCCCAAAAAAGUGCUGCUGUAUGUGCGCAAGGAGACAGAGGAAGUGUUUGACGCCCUCAUGCUGAAGAAUCCCACGCUGAAAGGCCUGAUGGAAGCUAUUUCAGAGAAAUACGAGUUACCUUUGGAGAAAGUUGGAAAAGUGUACAAGAAGUGCAAGAAAGGUAUUCUGGUCCACAUGGACGACAACAUCAUCAAACACUACUCCAACGAAGACACCUUCCAGAUCACCAUGGAGGAGUUGGGCGGCAUGUACAAACUCACGCUCACUGAAAUCUGAUCGUCGUGUGGAGGACAACAUUUGGAUCCAUCAGGAAAAGUGGUUUACACGUGUAAAUAUGUAGUGAUUAUGGACUCGAUCUAUAAUUGAAAAUGUCAAAGAGGCCCAAAAGAGGAAUUCAAAAAAGCCAUAGCUCUUAACAGACAACGGUGUCGAUUCGAGAGUAUAAAUUAUAUGUUUUGCUUAAUUUCAGUACUUUUUUAUGCUCAGUGAGAUAUGAGUUACUCCUCAAAUAUCAGUGCCUCAUUCUUCCUUUAUUUUUUUUGUGCCGGAAAAAUAUCGUGGCGCUGCUAUACCUCAUGCAAUGCAAGCAGCGUUUGUUUCUCGAUACAGUUAGAAUUUUUUACCCCCCGAGAAACAUCUCACACGUCGUCGUCGACGUCGUCGUCCCCUAUUUGAAAGUUUGGUAUUUUUUACGCACAAAUUGAAGUCAGGAAACAGUAAAGAGGGAGCCACAGAGGUUCAGUGUAUUAAUGCUAAAACAACACGGCAGUAUUUAGUGUCUUUAUUAUAGUACAAUUUGGCUAGAGUAGUGUAAAUGCAUUCUGUUUGUAAAUGAAAUGGCUUAAGAAAUGUUUUCCUCAGAUAGAUCAAUUUAAGUUACAGCCUCUUUGUAAGUAUUAAACAGUCACUUAAUAGACUGAUAAUUAUAAAACACAGCUAACUUCCCCCCGUAGAGUAGUUUUAUCAUGAAACAGGUCAAUGAGACAGUUUAAACAAGUCUGUUCUGGAAGUGCAAUACGGUAUUUAGGUCACACGGUAACGAAAGAAAUCCCUCUAUUGCCAAAAAAAAAAAAAAAUCACUAUACAACACAUAUUAACUGAUAAAAAAAAAGAUUUUUUUUAAAAAUGGAAAUAUUGUUGUAUAUAAACUCUAUACGAUCUGUCUUUUUAUAUCUCAGUACUUAUUGUGUAUAUAUUUAUUAAGAGGAUGUGGGUCAUUGUUUUUUUUUGCAAAA